GAGGGCAAUCCUUUUGAAGCGAGGCAGCAGUAGGAACUAGAAGGUGGGGGUAGCACCAAGGAGACAUUUUCCAGUCCUGAACUGACGACGGUCCACUGAAACAACUUCAGUUUUUACAAUAGUAGCCACUUUUCUCAUUGUUUGGACGCCGACGCCCAUCUCACAACCCAAAAGCCAUGGCAGAUGAAGCGGACAUGCGCAAUGAGCUGGAAAGCCUGCAGACGAAGGCGGACCAGAUAGCUGAUGAGGGUGAACGUGUGGCGUCUGAGUCGCUGGAGAGCACUCGGCGUAUGCUGGCCAUGGUUGAGGAGAGUAAAGAUGCCGGUAUCAGGACUCUGGUUAUGCUGGAUGAGCAGGGAGAGCAACUGGAGCGGAUCGAGGAGGGGAUGGACCAGAUCAAUAAGGACAUGAAGGAUGCAGAAAAGAAUUUGAACAAUCUAGGGUCUCUCUGUGGUCUUUGUUCAUGUCCCUGUAACAAGAUAAAGGGUGGGGGCCAGGCGUGGGGGGCCAACCAGGAUGGAGUAGUGAACAGCCAGCCAGGGGCCCGUGUGGUGGACGAACGUGAACAGAUGGCAAUCAGUGGGGGCUUCAUCCGCAGGGUAACGGACGACGCCCGGGAGAAUGAGAUGGAUGAGAACCUGGAGCAGGUGGGCGGGAUCAUCGGUAACCUGCGUCACAUGGCCCUGGACAUGGGCAACGAGAUAGACACCCAGAACCGGCAGAUCGACAGGAUCAUGGACAAGGCUGAUUCCAACAAAACCAGGAUUGAUGAAGCCAACCAGCGUGCCACAAAGAUGUUGGGCUAAGCUGCAGAGACACGUGCUUUAAACCCCUGACCCCUGCACCCCCACCGUCACCCCUGCACCCCUCUCAAGCAUGUCAUGGGGUGGUGCAAACAUGCUUUUAUCGUGGGACUUUUGCUGCGUUCAUAACCAAGUGGGAAGGUGGUAUUUACCACAUAAGACUGGAAAAAAAUCCACUUGAACACCCUUCCCUUCCAACUGGUAAUUACUAGUGGGAAACACGUCUAUCAUCCCUGAGCUUCCACUUCUCCCACAUGGUGACCUCUUGAGGUCACCUACUAAGGAAAUUGCCUCUAUAACAGCAUUUUCGUCAGUUAAAUGUAACAAAAAACAUUAUUUAUAAAAAUACAUAUAUUAAUAUGAUUUUUGAACACUUUACAAGCAUAAUGGCUGUACUUUUACUUUAUGGUUGAAUCAGCUUGUUGGCAAUUAGCCAAUCUGCAUUUCUCAACGUGGCCAAAACAUGUGAACCAACUAGUAUUUACAACUUCACAAACGGUAAUUGCCAGCUUCUCACUUGGUAAUAAAUGUAGCAUUACUCAGUAGGUUUGCACACAUGCACAUAUCAGACCCCCCCUCUCCUCUUCUUCCUGUUGUAAAUGUUUUUCUGUGUCAUCGGUCUUUGGCUUUUAUUAGUCCUGGUUAAACGUCUCAUCCUCUACCCUCUACUCUCCUCUCUCUCUCCUCCUAAAGUUGUUCCUCUACUCUCCACUCUCUCUCCUCCUAAAGUUGUUCCUCUACUCUCCACUCUCUGUCCUCCUAAAGUUGUUCCUCUACUCUCCACUCUCUCUCCUCCUAAAGUUGUUCCUCUACUCUCCACUCUCUGUCCUCCUAAAGUUGUUCCUCUACUCUCCACUCUCUGUCCUCCUAAAGUUGUUCCUCUACUCUCCACUCUCUCUCCUCCUAAAGUUGUUCCUCUACUCUCCACUCUCUCUCCUCCUAAAGUUGUUCCUCUACUCUCCACUCUCUGUCCUCCUAAAGUUGUUCCUCUACUCUCCACUCUCUCUCCUCCUAAAGUUGUUCCUCUACUCUCCACUCUCUGUCCUCCUAAAGUUGUUCCUCUACUCUCCACUCUCUGUCCUCCUAAAGUUGUUCCUCUACUCUCCUCUCUCUGUCCUCCUAAAGUUGUUCCUCUACUCUCCACUCUCUGUUCUCCUAAAGUUGUUCCUCUACUCUCCACUCUCUGUCCUCCUAAAGUACAUAGUGCUUCUUUGAUGGCUUUAGGUCACUUGUGAAGAUCUGUCUCACUUGUUUCCGUUUCUUUUUUUAAUAGUAGAUAUGUAUUAUAUAAACUGUAUUUACAUCAUUACUCUGAUACGACGACUACUAGUUGCUUUACACGAGCCGGACCCUGCGUCACAACAUGUGGUCCCUUCAAUGAGUCAGUGUUAUGUCCAUGUCAGACACUGGUGCUCUGUUGUUGUUGUUGUUGUAAUGCUAAAGGAGAAAAACUAACCAUACAAGUCCCUUCUCACAAAACAUUGUCAACUUCCUCCCUGACUCUCCUCCCAGACUCUCCCAUUCCACAAAAAAAUAUCCAUCUGGAUAAUGUGCAACUGUACUGGGAACAUGACCAGUGGUGCACCUCUAUUUUCAGCCAGGCCCUUCCCUCAAUGCAAGUGAUUUAGCAUUAUCAUUGACAAAGAUGAGCAGCAGUAGACUAUAGGUAGUUUAUCUUAAGUCACUAUACACAUUGUGUAGGUGAGCCCAAAAUGUAACCCAACACCUAGGGUUGGGCAGCACCAUGCUCCAACCAACUGGACCACAUCAACUCAUUGUCAGGGGAAGACAGUAUCUAAAUACCCCCAGCCCCCCCCCCCCCCCCUCGCCCCCUCAGACAGGCCUGGAGAUGGGAUGAGCUGGGAGGAGUUGGAAGGAGUUGGGAGGAGAUGGGAGGGGCUGGAAGGAGAUGGGAGGGGCUGGAAGGAGAUGGGAGGGGCUGGAAGGAGAUGGGCGGGGCUGGAAGGAGAUAGGAGGGGCUGGAAGGAGAUGGGAGGGGCUGGAAGGAGAUGGGAGGGGCUGGAAGGAGAUGGGCGGGGCUGGAAGGAGAUGGGAGGGGCUGGGAGGAGAUGGGAGGGAAUGGAAGGAGGUGGAAGGGGCUGGAAGGAGAUGGGAGGGGCUGGAAGGAAAGGAGGUGGGAGGGGCUGGAAGGAAAGGAGGUGGGAGGGGCUGGAAGGAGGUGGAAGGGGCUGGAAGGAGGUGGAAGGAGAUGGGCGGGGCUGGAAGGAGAUGGGCGGGGCUGGAAGGAGAUGGGAGGGGCUGGAAGGAGAUGGGAGGGGCUGGAAGGAGAUGGGAGGGGCUGGAAGGAAAGGUGGUGGGAGGGGCUGGAAGGAGAUGGGAGGGGCUGGAAGGAGGUGGAAGGGGCUGGAAGGAGGUGGAAGGAGAUGGGCGGGGCUGGAAGGAGAUGGGAGGGGCUGGAAGGAGAUGGGAGGGGCUGGAAGGAGAUGGGAGGGGCUGGAAGGAGAUGGGAGGGGCUGGAAGGAGAUGGGAGGGGAUGAAAGGAAGUGAAAGAAGGAGAGAACAACAACAACCAGUCUUUGAUUACUUAGCCCAGGUGGGCUCCAGUGCAGUAGCAGCCAUUCAUGGUUGGCCCAUCAAACUCUGGUUGUCCGGAUCAACCUCUCUGUCUUACUCCCAUUGAUGUACAGUAGCCCUGUGUGUGUUAUGCAUGUCCGUCAGCAGAUAGAACUCAACAUUUUAUGAAUAAGACUAAAAUCUGUAAGUAACAUCUGUAGGUAGCACAGCAUGCCCAGUAGGACACUUCCAUGCUGAGAGAAUACCCUGCUUCCUGCCACUCUGCAAUAGUGCCACUCUUUUUGUUCACACAUAUCUUUCCAGAUUGUGACCAUCGUUGUAAAAUAAUAUGGAAAAAUGCCAAUAAAAACAACAUAACUGUAGAACAAAA